AUGGGCUCAUGUAAACCUGCAGCUACUCCAGUUGACACUAAGUCGAAGCUUAGUGCAGAUGCAGGACCACCGUUUUGGGAUCCUACUUUGUAUCACAGUUUAGCAGGUGCUCUUCUGUAUCUCACUUUCACUAGGUCAGAUAUUGCUUAUGCGGUACAGCAGGUGUGUCUUUUUACGCAUGAUCCCCGGGAACCUUACUAUGAGGCAUUGAAACGCAUUAUUCAUUAUGUUCAAGGCACCAUUGAUCACGGCUUAUAUUUAUAUCCGAUUGUUUCUCAUCGACUUAUUACUUACAAUGACGCUGACUAG